GCACAAUUCAAAGUUGAUCAUGGAAAGGGAUACUUCGUUUGUCAAUAUUAGUGUGUUAUUUUUUGCAAAAAGUCGCGAAUUAGCAAAAACUUCUCGAGCUGAAUUUACUGUUAAAUCUGUGGUCAUAGCAAGGAACUUGCUGAAUCAAUUAAUAGAUCGCUUCAAAUUGAACACGAUAAGCAACAAUUUGAUUCUAGCUCACAACGAAAACUAUAUUGAAAACCUGGACGCGGAGAUCAAUUUACAUAGAGGAGACGAGAUUGCUGUAAUUCCGCCUAUAAGUGGCGGGUAA